UCAGUCAUCAAAUAAAGGAACUGACUGCAGGUCAACAGAGACACUCUUGUUGUGGCUUCUGUUACUUAAAGAUAAAAAGGAAGCCAUGCGUGUCAAUCCUGUACCGUGGAUCAUCCUCUUCAUGUCUGUCCGUAGGGUGUCCCUGCAGGUGACCGACUACGAGUAUGAGUACGUCGCUUAUGAUGAAGAACAGCCUGUGAACUGCUCGGUUUCAGAGAGUAUCAAUGGUGGACAUGUCACCUACUCCAAGGGAGGGCUGGAGGGCAGCGUGCUGACCUAUCACUGCGGCCCGGGGCAAUACCCAUACCCAGUUAGCUAUAGGACUUGUGGCGAACAUGGGGAGUGGUCACCCAUGAGAUUAGCCAGUGGCAGACUUAUGUCUGGAGCCACAUGUAAAGAUGUGAGGUGUCCGGCUCAGCUCCAGCUGGAUCACGGUGACUUCUGGCCCAGGGACCAGUGGUUCCGCGUUGGGACAACGCAGAGUUUCUCCUGCCAGGAAGGCUUCACCCUGUACGGCUCAGCACAGAGAAACUGCACUCUCUCUGGGGACUGGACAGGAUCCACUCCUGUCUGUGACAACCAUGCUGAGGACUGCAAUGAUCCGGGGAUCCCACCGGGGGCCCUGAGGUCAGCAGGCCGGUUCCUCAGGGGAGAAAAGUUGACUUACCGGUGUCAGACCGGGCUGUCUCUGCUCGGGUCGGCCGAAAGGUUCUGUCUGGAGCACAGGGAGUGGAGCGGAUCCACACCACGCUGCCAAGGUCCAAAUACCUUUGACUCACCCAGCGCGGUGGCUGCAGCCAUGACAGGAUCGCUUGCAGGAGUGAUGGAUGUGCUGUCACCACAGGACAAAAAGAAAGAGGAAAGCAUAUCCUUCGGCCGAACCUUCCGUGUGGGUGAAGUCAGCCGUAUGCACAUCUACAUAUUACUGGACACAUCAGGAAGCAUCCAAAAGGAUGAGUUUGAAAAGUCCAGAAACGCCACCAUUGCUUUGAUCAGAAAGCUGGACAGCUAUGAAGUACAGCUGAAUUUCCACGUGUUGUCCUUUGCCAGCGAGGCUAAAGACAUCGUCGACAUCGCAGACACAGAUUUAAGUGGUAGCGUUGACAGCGUCAUAUGGAAUCUCUUGGAUUUUGACUACAAGAGCCACGGGCGCAAAACGGGCACCAACCUCUACGCUGCUCUGCAACGUGUCAAUGAGAAGAUAAGCUUCUUUAAAGUCGACAAAACCAACAACAGAUUUAAUGAGACCCAGAACAUCAUCAUCAUAGCAACAGACGGUUACUCCAACACAGGGAGAAACUCUGACAGUGCCCUCACUCGGAUCCGGCAUUUACUGGGUUAUAGUGACAAAGGCCCAGAUCACACAAAUGAGAGAAUGCUAGACGUCUAUGUGUUUGGUGUCGGGCAGAACGUGAAUAAAGAUGAGCUGAAUUCUUUGGCCUCAAACAAACGUGGUGAGACGCAUGUCUUCAUCCUCAAAGACUUUGAAAAACUGGGAGAUGUGUUCAACAAAAUGAUUAGUGAUAAGAGUGUGACUAAGUGUGGGGUGGCUCAGGAAGACAUCUCCAAGGAGCAGGAGAUAUGGGGAAGAGCUUUCACCAGCCCCUGGCACGUCGCUCUGACAUCAGCUGAAUGGGGUGUCAAGUCCUGUUUUGGAUCCAUUGUAAGCGAGAACUGGGUGCUGACAGCUGCUCAUUGCUUUGACAAAGACAGGACAAUCAAAAUCCCACAGCAACUCAUCAUAGAACACGGUCUUUCAAAACCUAGAGAAUCUGUCAGUGUUAAGAGAGUGAUCGUGCACCCCAACUACAGCAUCAACGCACUCGAACACAGAGGGGUCUCUGAGUUUUAUGACUAUGAUGUGGCUCUGCUGGAGACCAACAGCAGCAUCCCACUGUCAUGGAGCGCCAGACCAAUCUGCCUACCAUGUACCAUACCAGGCUCCCGAGCCAUGAAGAAAAUCAACUCCACCUGUGACGAGCACAGAAAGGAAUUACUAACGCAUGAGCAGACUCCCGCCUUUUUCAACCAUAAGACCUCGAAUACUGGAACAAAUGUUCAGUAUGAACGUAAAGAAACACACAUCCAUAUGGGCAGUCAGAGGCCCGACUGUGUGGCGAAAGCAAGAAAAUUUCUAGACGACACAAAUGUGACUGUGGAUGAGUUUGUACCUGACAGAUUCCUCUGCUCUGGAGGCACUAAAAACUAUAAGGAUGCUGUUACAUGCCAAGGUGACUCUGGCGGGUCCCUGUUUCUGCAGAAAAAGAAGCGCUACUUUCAGGUGGGGCUAGUGAGCUGGGGCAUCAUAGACAUAUGUCAACUACAGAUAUCAAGGUCCAGCGAGCUGCCUCCCGAUGCUCGAGACUUUCACAUUGACCUCUUCAAAAUAAUGUCGUGGUUGAAGCAGCAUCUGGGGGAGGUAAUCCAGUUCCUGCCGGACAUCGACUGAGCAGAUCCAGGAUUAGUCUGCAGGGAUAGGCUUGAUUUAAGCCACACAGGUUUCAGCUGAGCAAAUGCAAAAGGGGUGAACUCGUUCCACAUCUUAUAGAGAUAGAUUCUUUAUUGAUCCCGAAGGAAAUGAGGUCAUCCAGCAGCUUAAGACGCAGGAAUACUUAGAGUCAAUCAAAUUGAUUUUCUAUACCUUUAUUAUAAUAUUCAGUAACAAGGAUUUCUGAAGCUGUGGUGUAGUAAAAUUACACAAAUCGUAUACAAUAUAUAGUAGAAAAUUAACUCUGCUUGCUUUUCCAGUUUAUUUCAUUUCUAAACUGACAUUACUGCAUGACUAAUAAAACUACUGUCAAGUUGA